AUGGCCCAUCGCGGCGCUCCGUACCCGCCCGCGUCGCCGUCGUCGAUCCUCGCGCUCGAAGCCUCGGGCGCCAAUCCCGACCUCCUGCGCAGUAUGAUGGACUGCGUCGACACGUCGCUCUUCUCGCCCGCGCAAUUGGCCAAUUGGUCGCACAUGAAGACGCGACUCGCGGCCGCUUCUGCCUCGUUGGACGCCCACGAGAAGGACUGUGUCGUGAUCAAGACCGAGUCGCCGCUGGACCGUUCGCUCGGCGCGUCGUGCUAUUCCACGGGACAGAACUACUGCAGCAACAGCGCGACAAGCGGUCGUCGGACGCCCAGUGGUAGUCACACUAGCGCGACGCCCAGUGGUAGUCACACUAGGGCCACGGACAUGGAGGACGAGCCGUCGGUGGACUGCCGGCCGCUGUUGCACCGGGAAGCCAGUAUCCAGGACGUGCUGGCGUGUCUCUUGGACCAGCAGCCGCCGUCAGCUCGACGCGCGCCCAGCGGAGGCAACAGUUUCCUCGAGACAACAGCAGCAAACAAGUCGACUGCUCUGUCUGGCAGCAGCAAUAGCAGCAGUGGAGGUGGGAGCGAGCCCAAGCCGCCGUCGCUGCAGAAGCUGUUGAGCGCCAGUACGUUUUCGCUGACAGAGAAGAAGGAGAGCAUGCGGCAGCUGCUGAGUUUCAUUGACAGCUCGUUCGCGAGCAACACGCCCGAGCCGCUGACGCAGGUGUACAAGGACUGCGAAGCCGGGACGCUGCAGCGGCUCUCGAGUCUCCAGCUCAUGCGGAGCUUUAUGACGCCGACGCCGGGGGCGUCGACGUACAGUGCGGGCGGGGCCAGCAGUGCACAAGGCAGUGGCCGCAGCACGAGCGGCAUGGGGACCCGCACGACGAGUUUCGAGAUUAUUCAAGCGAUGCUCAAUGCCACGUCGAACCAGGCGAUCCAGAAACCCAUGACGAGUCAAGACAGCUUUCGGUUUCAGCACCUCGCACGGACGCUCGAGUCGAUUGAAACGGACGUGUCGGUGAUUGACAAUGACGACUACGGCGGCGACGACGUGGUGCAGGUGGACAAUCUGGACAAUUUGCUGGAUUACCAUGGCGCCAAUGGGAGCAGUAGUGGGGGGGCACCAACGUCGAGUGGUGGCACCUCGUCAACGUUUGGGGGCCAUACGCAGCAACAGGUGAACCCGUCGCGGACCAUUUACUCUGAGAUGAACUCGAGCGCAGCGAGCAACAGCUCGAGUUUCCCGUCGUUUGGACAAAACCAUUCCAGCCAUCAACAACACGCUGGAUUUGGUUCUACAUCGUCGACAUCAUCGGGCGGAUUGCCCACGAUCGACAUGAUGAACCAGCAGCAACAGAAUUUGCCGUACCAUCAGCAACAACAGCACCAGAUGAUGUUGCAGCAGCAGCAGUUGCUGCGUCAAGAGCAAGAGCAAGAGCAGAAGCAGCAGCAACACCAGCACAAUCGACUGUACCACAAUGCGCACAUGCAGCAGCAACAGCGAAGUGGAGUGAUGAUGCUGGCACCGGGAUACGGUGGCACGAGCCACCAGCCGAUGCCGCAGUUUCCAAACAUGCUCAUGCAGCCUGGAUCCGACAUGCUGUCGCACAAGCAGCAGCUGAUGCGUGGUGGACACGCACAACAGCAGAUGCGGAUAUUGGCGCAGGGCGGCAUGCCAAUCAGAACGGAUGCGAACGGAAUACCGUUGUGCGCAGCGCUGGGAUGCAACCACGCGGCACGCAUCAAGGGUAUGUGCAAGCUACACGGCGGCGGGCGGCGGUGCAAAGUUGAAGGAUGCAUGAAGAGCGCACAGACUGGCCACUUGUGCAUUGCACAUGGCGGCGGCAAGCCUUGCAGUGUGGACGGCUGUCCGAAGACCGCGCAGUCGCGAGGGCUGUGCAAGCAGCAUGGUGGCGGCGUGCGGUGCAAGUUCGAGGGCUGCACCAAGAGCUGCCAGUCUGGCGGUUUCUGCCGCGGUCAUGGCGGAGGCAAGCGGUGCGAAUACCCUGGCUGCACCAAGUGGGCUCAGAAGAAUGGUCACUGCGCGAAGCACGCCCAGGAGAUUGCUGCACAGCAGCUCCAGCAGCAGCAAGUGAUGCAGACUCAGAUGCAACAGCAGCAGCUCGUGCAUCCUUGA